GGUCGUCUCCGUAAUACUUAUUGCACUCGUUGCUGAUACUCCACACUAUUCAGUCUUGGCAGCUUAUCUAGCAGAAGCAGCAAAGGAAAAUAUUUGAGGAAGAAGAUAGAAAGAAAAAGAUGCAUUGUAUUCAGCACAAUCCUUCUACCACAUCACUUUCUUCCUCUGCUUCAUCUAUACAUGGCCAGAAUAAAUUUAGCGAUAUCAGGACUCAGAGCAUUUCAGUUCGGGGGAGAGAUGGUGGUAGGAGUAUGAUUAAGUGCAUUGCAACUUCUUCAUCUGAGAAAACUGCUUACAAAACACAGGUUUCUCGUAAUGAAAACCUCGCUAAACUCCAAGCUGGUUAUUUGUUUCCAGAGAUUGCUAGAAGGAGGGCUGCACAUUUGUUAAAGUACCCUGAUGCCCAGGUGAUCAGCCUUGGGAUUGGUGACACCACAGAGCCCAUUCCACAAGUGAUAACAACAGCCAUGGCUGAGAGGUCACGUGCAUUGUCAACAGUUAAAGGUUAUAGUGGUUAUGGAGCUGAACAAGGUGAAAAACCAUUGAGAGCUGCAAUUGCUUCAAAUUUUUAUGCAGAUGUUGGCAUUGAGGAAGACGACAUAUUUGUGUCAGAUGGUGCAAAAAGUGAUAUAUCUCGUCUCCAGGUCCUUUUUGGGUCUAAGGUUACCAUGGCUGUCCAAGACCCAUCAUACCCGGCCUAUGUGGAUUCAAGUGUUAUUAUGGGCCAAACUGGACAAUUUCAAAAGGAUGUUGAGAAGUACGGAAAGAUCGAGUACAUGAGGUGCAAUCCAGAAAAUGGUUUCUUUCCUGAUUUGUCCAAGGUUUUUCGCACAGACAUCAUAUUUUUUUGUUCGCCAAACAAUCCAACUGGUUCUGCUGCAUCAAGGGAGCAACUAAUUAAAUUGGUACAGUUCGCAAAGGACAACGGAUCCAUCAUAGUUUAUGAUUCUGCAUAUGCGAUGUAUGUCUCUGAAAACAAACCACGAUCCAUUUUUGAGAUUCCUGGAGCUAAAGAAGUUGCAAUUGAAGUUUCCUCGUUCUCCAAAUAUGCUGGUUUCACUGGAGUACGUUUAGGAUGGACUGUUAUUCCUAAAGAGCUCUUAUAUUCGGAUGGGUUUCCUGUGGCCAAGGACUUUAACCGCAUUGUAUGUACUGCUUUCAAUGGUGCUUCCAACAUUGCUCAAGCUGGUGGUUUGGCAUGCCUUUCACCUGAAGGCAUCAAGGCCAUGCAAGAUGUGGUUGGUUUCUACAAGGAAAAUACUCAGAUCAUAAUGGACACGUUCAAUUCCCUUGGAUUUAAGGUUUAUGGAGGGACAAAUGCCCCAUAUGUCUGGGUACAUGUUCCUGGACAAAAUUCCUGGGACGUAUUCAAUGAAAUUCUGGAGAAAACCCAUGUAGUGACUACUCCAGGUAGUGGAUUUGGACCUGGUGGUGAAGGUUUCAUUAGGGUGAGUGCCUUUGGAAACAGGAACAAUGUAUUGGAAGCCUGUAGCAGAUUCAAGCAGCUUUACAAGUGAGAAUUAUUUGUUUGUGUUUCUGCUUGAUCUGUAACGGUGUGAAGUAGACUAUAAAUUGUUGAGCUUUCAUUUUUCUCUCAUUCGUGAGAUAGAUAAAAGCUAGAGAAAUGAGCCCUUUUCAUUUUCUCCUAAACUUUGAACGAAUUUUUCCUUCCUGUUGUUCUGUAAACAGUUGUCUAUUCUUUCUCCCUACCCUAAGAGGCGCCCUCCUUCCUCCUCUCUUUUGACUCAGAGAAAUAUAAAUAAUCAAGGAAUUAGCUUUGAUUGUCA